ACCAUCUCCCACGAAAACUCUCUCGAUUCUUGACUCCGAACUAGCCUCUGUGCCUCUAUUCUUGACCAUCUGCAAUUGCCAGAGUUGUAACCUGGGUUCCAUCAUCACGUUCCAACCCGCUCUCCUUGUCUCCUGGCAAUUACCAUCACCAUCUCCACGCCCACGACCCGCGCUUGUUCGAUCCUCGAUGUCUGAUGCAUCCAGUCCUUGUAGCCAGACCUGACCUAAUCUCAUCAUCCCUACGAAAUCUCACGACUAACACUCCAGAGCGAACAAUCCAUUCUCACACCUGAAGAACCUCGCUCAAGCCAUACCCUCGCUCGCUUAUACCCACGACUCUUCUACAUCUGCGCACCAUCCCCAAACCUCAGUCUGAUGCCCCGGUGCUCAUGACGACCCUUUUUCAGGCUCCGUUUUCUGGAGCCGCUCCAUUCUCCUCGAGCCCGUUAAACGCCUCAUCUUACCAAGAUCUCAGUGACUUGGAUGAUUCCUUAUCCUUUGGCACUCCUAAACAACACCUUCCACCGUGCCCACCCCGUCAAUAUGCUCCUUCCUUUCCUGAAUCAGGCCCUUCAACCGCCCCAUCCUCGCCACAGUUGACAUACUCUAGCUACUCAAGGCAAGGCUCGUAUGCUUCGACUCCAGCCAGUAGCUUGUCCCUGGACCAGAGAGAUUGCAUCGACGAGGAUGACGACAUGGCAUUUCCCGCCUUCGAAUCCUCAGACCACUGCCUUACAUCUAUGCCCCAGAGCCAUCCUCAGAUUGAACAAGAAGAACAGUCCACCCCAGUAUCAGGUCCAUCCAACGAACCUAACCAACUAGCUCCUCGGACCACACGGGAUGACCAAGCCAUAGAAGCCGAACCUACUAGCCAUGUUGAUUACUUGUCUCAUGAGUGGAAAGAAGAAGACAUAUGGCGAUCAUGGAGUUAUGUUGUCCACCGGCGAGGGAACCUCGCCAACGGUACUCGACUUGAGAACGCUUCCUGGAGGUCAUGGGUCAAGGCCAAGAAUCACCUCAAGACCAUCUCUCCGGAGACGCUGAAUUGGUUGAAAGACUGUGAUGUGACCUGGCUGUACGGUCCUCUUCAGACUAACCGAAGCAUGACUCACUCUAUCAACAACACUUCACCCCCACCUAGCCGGAUAUCACAUUCAUCCUCUUUCAUCUCCAAGAAGCCCAUCCUGAAGAAGAAGUCGGCGUCUGCCGUCAUUCUCGAACGAUCACGGUCACAGCACUCGUUAUUACAGCGAGCGAGCGAUAUCAUCAGGGUACAGCAGUCAAGUCCUGCUCAUGGUCGUCCCUCACUUCGCCGGGGAAACUCGGAAUUUACUCUUCCCCGAUACGCCAACAGUUCUGUUGCAAACACACCCGCCGAGUUCGACUUGCCCGGGUCCAACUCGACUGGAGGGCGUAGUUCUUUUACUUAUCCAGACCUUCCUACCCCGUCAGAGUGCAAACAUGUUCUCUUUGACGAAGAAGUGAGACAAGUACAGGCCAUCGAGUCGGACGACGAUGACAAGCACGAUGGAGAAGACGAACAUGCCACCAUUUUUGACGAGGACGAAGAUGAUGAUUGUGGCUUGAUGAUGGCACCAGCUUCGAGGUCCGGCCGUUCCAGCGGCCGGACAACGCCUCGUGGUAGCUUCAGCAAUGAAUCAAAAACCAUCGUCCCUCUCCCUUCCACCACAUUGAAGUACAGAACCGAUACCCCGGAACCACCGAAUGUCCCUACCGGACAGAUGGGCCUUUGGCCCUCCGGCCGCAAACUAUCACCAUCCCCUUCUCAAGAGACAUUGAGACCGCCGCGGCCAAACCAGAAUUUUCUCAUUGAUGAUGACCCAGAGGUUGUGGAUGAGCCUUGGGGAAUGCAGACCACUUUGUCACCUCCUUUAAUUUACGACGACGAUUACAACCUCGGUGAACCCGGUCCACAAAUGAGACGGACCGAGUCAGGCAUGUUCAUGCCUUACGAUGAAGAUGACGAGGAAGCAGCCAUGAACAAUACGCUAUUCGGUCAAGCCGUAUAUGCCGUCAACACGUUCCGAGAUAUUGCACAUGUGGUUUGGAAUGUGGGCUGGAAUCGAAGAUGACAUCCGUGGUCAACGGAAGGUCUUUGAUGACUUAGUCUGCUCAUACUUGCAUCCGCAUUAGCACAGCCCGGCGUUCUGGACAAGUUCAAGUUGGUGAAUCACGGCUACGGUCUACCACACUGCCAACAACGAUCCUCACAUUAUCCCUCAGCACACAUGCAGGGAGAAUCACGACUCAACAUGAUCAUAUGGUGAGUGUUUUAAGAAUUACGGGAAACAUUUGUCAUGUGCGAAAUAUUUACGGCAUGCCCCGAUGAGCUUUGGAAAUCUCUAUAGAUGAAUUUGGAUCACGUCAUGGGCUCAAUCAGCCCGUUCACGGUGUGCAUAUUAUACGGCCUUGACACACCCGGAGGACAUCUAGUCCAACAACAGGAGGAACAAAGGUGGCGAGCAGGGCCAUACCGGCGUCCUACAGCGAGCAACCAGGUAGCUCAGGGGCGAGGAAAUAGGCGAGGUAGAUAGAAUUGGUCAACAAAUGAUAUUCAGGCGUUAGUCCUAGAAUUUACCGAAUCCACGCAGCAGGCGAUCGAGAUGCCUCGGCUCUGAAGGAGUUGUGAGAAGCAGAGAAGUCAAAUCCUAACAGCUUUGCCACCCCGCCCAAUUCUAGACAGGAUCUCCAGUAUGUAUUUGCCUCUUCUCAGCCGUCAAGCCAGCAACCCAGACCUUGGGGCCCUCUCCGAGAGUUGACACGAG